CGGAAGUGUGGGUUUGUGUUCAGUAAACGUUCUGCUGGCUUCACGAGCCACCACGCAAAUUCUGCAGCUAACUGUCGCUAAAUUGUUAUUAUUUUUCACAAAUCUCUGAGGUGCAGCAGUUUCAGCAGCCAAGAUGUUCAACCGAAUGACAAGUCUAUGGAUGGGUGAUUUAGACCCAUACAUGGAUGAAAACUUCAUUAAGCAAGCUUUCAGCACUAUGGGAGAGACUGCAUACGGUGUCAAAAUAAUUACACAUCGACUUACCGGAGGCUCGGCUGGAUACUGUUUUGUGGAGAUGGCAGAUGAGGCCAGUGUUGACCGUUGUGUGCAGAGGCUCAGUGGGAAGCUGGUUCCAGGAUCGAAUCCGCCCAGGAAGUUCAAGCUAAACUACGCAACAUAUGGGAAAAGGCCAGAGCCUGGCCCAGAAUUUUCUGUCUUUGUUGGAGAUCUCACGUCAGAAGUGGAUGACUACAAUCUUCAUCAGUUCUUUCUGAAAAAAUUCCCUUCAUGCAAAGGCGCCAAAGUUGUCACUGAUCCUCUUGGGAACUCCAGGGGUUAUGGCUUUGUGAAGUUUAGCGAUGAGAAUGAACAGAAGAAAGCCCUCGAGGAGUUUCAGAACGCAUCAGGCCUGGGAGGAAAACCCAUCAGGAUAAGCAUUGCUGUCAACAAAGGCAAUAAAACAAGCAGUUACCACAACCAGAAUAACAGCUACAACAGCAACUAUCAACAGCAGUACUAUCAACAGCCCUACAACAGUUACUAUCCUCAGUGGGGUUAUGAUCAGUACAGCGGUUAUAACUACGGCUAUAACCCAUAUGCUACCCCCCCUCCAGUUCCACAUGGAAUGAUGGGACCACCCCCACCUGUGGGGGGGAUGCCCCCCGUGCCCCCUGACAUGCAGGGAUCCACAGAGCAGUCACAUGAUGGCACCGAGGAUGUUGAGGAGGAUCCAGCUGAAGACCCAAACCCACAGGUGGAUGUGGAAACAUUAAAUAGGCAAUACAUGGAGCGCAGUGAGGAGCUAUACGAUUCGCUCAUGGAUUGCCACUGGCAGCCAUUGGACAAUGUCACAUCUGAAAUUCCUAUGAUGAAUGGCUCCUGACUGUCUUAACCAACCACCGUCCAGGAUUAUUAUACUUUCUGAAGGAAAAUGCCUUUUUAUAAUGAUCUGAGCUUGUUUUUUCAGAGUUUUUUCCCUCCUUUUCAGCCUUUUAUUUGGAGCUUUAUUCGAGCAGGAAAGAUGCUUUCUUCAUGUGUGUCCGUCACAUUUUUUUCCUUUUUUUUUUUUUUAAAGUUAGGAAGUAAUUAUUUUGUUGGACAGGUUUUUUUUAAAAAAUGGAUGGAAAGAAUCUUCUUCAGUACUGUUGUCAUUUUUAAUCAGGAGCUUUUCCUACUCUCACUUUAUUAAACUUUUCCAAGUUUCGUGUCCAAAUAAGCAUCUCUUAUAUACACCACUUUUUGUGAGGCCACUGGUGGUUUUUCAUUUGGGAAAGCUUUGUUCAAGAGAUGGUUCUUGUUUAGAGAUGUUUGAAAAAUGCAUACAAAUUUAUACCACACUGAACCAGGAUUAUAUUCUGUCUUUAAAUUGCAUAUCCAUUUGGGCAUAAAUGAAUCACAAGUUUCUUAUUUAAGGCUGAGCUUUCCAGAAAUUCUGUGAGUAUUUUUGUAAUAAAAAAACAAAUUGAGAUUCUCAAAGAACCUAAUAAAUGAAUAUGAUGUCUCA